AUGUUUCCAGGGUUCAUGCGAAAGCCAGACAAGACUGCGGCAUUGAAGGAGCUCAAAUCUCACGUCGCCAUGUUCGGAACAUGGGUCGCUGUGGUUCGUCUCACCCCUUACAUUCUUCACUUUCUCAACCGCGAAAGCGAGGAACUCAAGCUCGAGCUUUAG